AUGUUAUCGCACCAUAAAUUGACGACGUACUCGCACCAGGUACUCGACCGUCAAAAUGGUGAGAGAUCGCUAGGCACAGUCACAACAAUUAUUUCAGGACAUUAGCUACGAAGGGGACGAUGUUAUCCGCGCAGGGUUGGGGCAGUCUCGUCAUCGUUUCGGUGAUUUGCAUUGUCAAACCGGUACUACCGUUUCAGCUUGGAUUGUCGAGGUCUGGUGCCUUGAGAAACACACCGUUGAACACCUGGCAGGCAACUACUGGCUUUUCGACAAAAGAUGAUAAUCUUCGGUAUGUACAACUCACUGGUGCGUCGAUGAUGCUCGGUGUCUCAUCACAGGCCAGUACCUACGAUGUAUUAUCGACAACGSCAUCGAAGGAAGUGCGAGGCAGAGCAGUAUUCCUUCUUCCCCAUAACGCUAACGAAAUCAAGUCUAAAUUCGGGACUUACUCUCCGUACGGGAGUCCCUCCAUAUUGGAGGCGGCCGAACAAUUGCGGAGAAAAGCAAACUGGUUUUCGGAUGGUUUAAUCGAGGCUGAUAUCGUUCUUUUGCCGGAUACGAAAGAAGAGUUCUCGAAGGUUCGUCAGCAAGUUUUGGAUGCUAACGUAGUGGUUGCAUUUAAUAUGAAAAAAGAUGAUGAUCUGUCUUUCAUCACCGGCAUUUUCAAUGAGAGGAAAUCUGAGUCUUCCAGCGGGGAGAAAGAGUUCUGUCAAUUUGCGCUUGACUGCGAGGGAAGCAAAUCACUUCCUUCAGCAUUGUGCGGACCAUACGAUCCACAAUCGCCCUCCAUUAGCGCCCUACUUCUUCCUUGGAGUAACGAUGCAAGUGGGAAACGGCURGAAGAGCAAAUGAUGGAUUUAUUUGGCCGAUGGACGUCGGACGAUUUCACUUAUGCGCUCAUGCUAUUUUUCAAUCAGUAUGUUGCUCCAAUCGAUUGGGUGAAACACAGUAUCGACGCAACAUGGGAAAAGGGCCCGGUUAGAAAUGCGCAAGAGUUUUACAAGAUGAUAUCGAAGUGCGGCGAUUGCAUUGGAAAGUGUGUCCAGGAUGAAAAUUGUAAGGAGUGUCUUGAUGCGCUGACCGCAGUAGAUACAAGCGAUCAAGUCGCAUCUUAUCGCACAAUUGUAUCUUAUGAAUCCGAACUUUUGAGGGAUUUUAGUUAUUGCAUCCUCCAAAAAAACAAYAUAUUUGGUUGUGAUGCAAAAAUACCAACGUUGCCAGAGGUGACGCCGAUGUCGACAUUUAGGGGCGAACCUCUGACGAAAGAAGUUGCACGACAGAUUUUAAUCGGUCACUUGGAUGACGAAAACGCGUUGGAAAGCAGCUUGAAAACUGAUAUUUCAUGGAAAGUUUCCGCGGGUGCAAAUGUCGCAUACGAUCAGUUCCCGUCACAGAACCAAAUAUUUUAUAAUAGCGUUGAUGGCAGAAGUAUGUGGUAUGAUCCUGUGUUUCGGGUGGAGACCAUUGAUGGAAGGAAUGUUUGGGCGAAGAGACAUUAUCGUGUCAGGGAUGGCAAAAUUCCAGGGACCUUCCGAUUCAGCGUGCUUGACAACGGAGUCACAUCGGAUGAGUUUUGGACUCUAGUUGACGUAGCUGAUGAUCUUUCGUACGUCAUCUUUCACUAUGCUGGAGCAGCUCGUGCGGUCGGCCAGAGAUACCUUGGUGGCUUGUUAUGUACAUCCGACGGGUCACUUCCRUCGGAAUCAGAAAGGGAAGAAAAAAUUUAUCCGAAACUACGUUCAGCCGGCAUCGAUCCAUGGGAGCUUUUCAUUGUUGAUAAUAGCGAUGAGUCGGAUGGUGCGAUUGAUGCUGGACCUCCUCCACUUGAUUUCUACAGGAAAGAUAUUUUAGAGAAAAUACAAGCCUCACGAUUCAUCAAUUGAUAAGUUCGCACAAACCACGAAAUGAUAUCGUAUGAAAAGGAAUCCACAAACUCAGCAUCAUUAGAGUUGUGUCCAUCCGGACCAACACAACGUAACAAUCUCUAAAAUUAAAAGUGGAAAAAUGAUUUGAUUUUCAAUAUAUGUAUCUAUCUAUG